UUUGUAUUUAUAUCUUCUGCUACAUCAUUUUAACGUCAGUUUCUGCACUUCGUUUAAUACGUACAUAUGAUUUAUUAACCAAUAAUUAAAGUCUCUACAUCACUUUAUGGAUUCAUAAUAAUUCUAUGUUAGAAUUUUAAUUCUGUGUAAUUAUCAGUUACUUUGACAGAUAUAUUAUAUCAUCUAAUUAAUAUAUCUUAUAAUUUUACAAAAGUUAAAACAAAGAUGGCUACAGAUGAUUACGUUACUUGUCCUUACGAUCCUAGUCAUCGUAUUCUUAAAUCUAGAAUGUCUAGACAUUUAAUAAAAUGUGAGCUCAAUCAUCCUACUUUAAGAUUAUUAACAUGUCCAUAUAAUAAAAUACAUCGAAUCAGUCCAUUAGAAUAUGAGCAUCACUUAUCGAUAUGCGAAAGCAAAGGUACCGUUCAAAGGAACUAUUUUGAAAAUGCUUCUUCAAUAUCAGCAAAUAUUCUUCCAGUUACAAAAAUUAACGAAUUACAAAUUCCUCCUUCUUCAGAAAAUUGGGAUGAGGAACCAGAACCGUCACAAUCGUAUUUACAAAAUCUUGAAAAAAAAAAUGAGGACUUCCCACUAGCUGCUGCUACAAAAUUAAAAAAAAAACAAUUAAAACUAAAAGAACAGGAUUAUUUUGCUGUUAAUGUCGCAAGCACUUCACCUUUAAGGCCAAAAACUUUAAAGUUAACUGAUGAGGAAAAUAGAACUACACCUAUUGAAGACACAACAAUUGUUAAAUCAUCAAAAUCUAAGGAUGCUUCAAUUCUUGAACUGUCACCAUCAAAGGAUGCCCCAAUUGUUGAACUGUCAACAUCAAGUGAUACAGAAAUAAAAGAUAAUGGAACAAUUAAAACGCCUAAAAAGACAACUGCUGAGUGUAGUCCUGACAGAUUAAGAAAUGAUAAGGAUAUUAAGAAAAAUUUCAGUAUUGGUCGCGGUAUUUUUAAGAUAUGUGAAAUACACAGAAAAUUUGGAAUUUCUAAAAAAAACUUUGAAUCAAAGUUUAUGAAUUCAAAAAGUGAUGUAGAGUCAUUAGUAAAACAAAGUGCAGAAAUGAAUAAUAACAAAGGUAUUUUUGUUGGGUACUCGGAAGAUGAUUUUACUUUGGACAUGGACAAUAUUGAAAACAAAUUGACUGAUAUCGAUGUGUGAAUCAAAAGGAAAAAAAACCCGAGUCCCCAACAAUGUGAUAAAGUUAAUUUUAUCACAGCAAGAAUAUUUUUUUAUUUUUUAUAUAAGUAACGUAAGAUUUUAUU